AUGACACAGUAUGGAGCGCCGUCUCAGCAGCAGGGAACCUACUAUAAUUAUGGAGCCGCCAAUGCCUAUGCCAACACGGCCCAGGGCCAACAACAACAACCUGCAGCUACCACUCCCACGGCUUAUGGACAACCACAUGCCUCGACUUCUUCCUAUCGAUCUCCCUAUGCUGCCCCACCACCGGCUCCUCCAGCUGCUUCUCCCGCUCCACCAAAGGUCAAUGCCAAGGCGAGCUCCCCUCCACCCCCCAUGCAGCAACCCACUGCUCCCUUUCAGUACCAGUAUGCGGCAUCGGCACUCAAUGACAACAACAAUGCCAAUGCUGCUGUUUCCAGUGGAAGUCAAGAACCCUACGGAGAAGUUGUCCCGUCGGCUACCUCGGGGCCGUCCGCCAGUACCUUGACGCAUCGCAGUGAUGCCAAGCGACACAUUAACCAACAACCACAGGCUCCGUCCUUUGCCACCUUUGGAGGAUCUUCCUAUGGAUCACAACAUGCUGCCACCACGUCUUACGGAGGAUCCGCCAUGAAUUUCUUUCAAAGCAAUACGGUGGAAUAUCAACACAAUCGUGUCGCCGUUGUCUUUUUGGUACCCCCACUGCUGCUGCUCUUUUGGUCAUUUGAAUCACCCUAUCCAUUGCAAACACUCAUCUUUUUGACAUUGGCCGUAUAUGCCAUGGACAUGGCCAAUGCCAGAGAAUUACUGUCCGUGUUCUUAUGGGUCAGUGCCGCCAUUUUGACAAUGGUCACGGGGUGGUUCCUUUUGUUGGAUACACCCGAUGACGAAGAUUCGGGAUUGACAACCUUGAGUAUCCUCAUGAGGACCGCAGGACACUGCUUUUUGUUUCUUUCGGCGGCUGCUUGGUGUACCCUGCAAUUUGCAUGGCUUCACUCGGAAACACCCUCUUGGGCGAUCUCCAUGGAACGUAUGGUGCACGCCAUGUUGCCCCCCACGGCGGCUGCGGUCGUCUCGUUUUUUAUAUCUGGUACAUUGGUAGGCGAACUAGGAAUGGACAUGGCGGCGACCUUGGCGCCACUCUUGUUUGCCUUUCUCCUGUUGUUGGGAAUGAUCUUUUUGGGAUGCUGCGAAUCGUCAUUUGAAGCUACGCCAACCAAAGCAAAAGGAGGUAACAAACCAAACAGCAGUAAUGGAGUCAACCAUGACAAAAAAGAAAAAGCAGAAGACGACAAUGCCAAGAGUGGCGGUCAUCAAACCUCGAAUACCACACCCAUUCUCCCUUCGCGGUAUGCCCGAGCUCAUUCCACAGUACUUCUUCUUGCCCCGGGGUUGAUGCAUACCAUGAUGUUUCGACGCAGAAUCAUUAGUAUGUACGUGUCCAGGGAUGAUUGGCUAGAUGUCAUUUUGGUUUGGACUAUUCCCUACUUGCUUCACUACUUGCUUCAUACGCUACAUGUUUCGGGACGAGUACAAGGACCCUACAGCUUCCCAUCAUCAUUCUUUACCAACCUUUUGUUCCCUCGAUCCGGCAAUACUCUCAGAGGGACCUUCAUCCCUUUGGUCGUGUCCCUCUUGGCAUCGGUGGCUUGCCAACAGCGAUAUUUGAUCCCUCUGUGUCAUCAAGUCUCGUACCAAUUCAAAGGACAUGAUCUGCCAUCCGGAGAUAUGGUCAGCAUAUUUUUGUCAGGCGCUACAUUCUUUGUAGUUGCUGGGGGCUGGAUAUGGGGUGCCUAUUCCACAGAAACCAACGAACCACUCUUUGGGGAAUUUCACGAAGAUGUGGUGCAAUUGCUGUUUGCCUUGGCGGGCAUGUUUGGUGGAUUGGCUUUUGGCAUGCCAUGGGGACUGAUCCCGUUGCCGAUUCUGGCCUUUUUGGGAUUGUCGCUUUGGUUGACGACGCGACUGCUACGUUAUCUUUCAGUGUUCCUUUUCGUGGUACAUGCGACAGGAGUGGUUCUUUUCUCUUACCGAUUUGCUGGAAUGGACAAUACGAUUGAUCUGGCUUUGCCAAAUCUAAGUAUGACUUUGACUCGUUUUGGCAUCUUGAUUGUCCUGGCAUCGGUUGCUGUUGGAUUCGUGGCGGGCCUAGCCGUCCGAUCUUCGGGAGGCGUGGGCGCAAAGAUCAUGAAAAAGUUGGACUUGGCAGGCAUGCUGCUAAUCUUUUACUCCGUGGUGCUCGCUGUAAUUGAAUGCACACUUCUCAAUCAACCGCUGCCUGCGAAGGAACUGGCAGGAAUUGAACUGGACCUAUCCGAAAUGGAGGACGAGGAAAUGCUCUACGACGAGUACUACACAUUCUUGACGAGUGGGCUGCUCAUCAUUAUUGCCUUGUGCAUGCAGUACAACAAAUCGAUAUCAUCCUUUUCGACGAACGUUGCGAUAGCCUCCGCGGUUUCCAAGGCUAUGACGGUUUUCAUUGAUUCAAACGACGAAAGCACCAGCAUUCAGAUCUUCAAUGCCAGCAACUCCGUUGGCAUGUUCUUCCGCUUUUUGUCAGCAUUGCUGCUUCUAGUGGUCAUGUUUGUGCCGCGCGCAGUGCUGAAGCCUAUCCAUGUCAAGUCAAGGUAUAAGCGGUCGCAGCCUGCACUUGCCUCAAGCGGGAUUGUGGAGUCGCUUCCAAUGUCAGCAAGACCGAUGAUCAUUCUAUACUGCUUCAUUAUGCUGCCUGCCUGUCUCAUUGUGUCGGUGCCCACCGUGAUCCUACCUUUCAUUGGGGCUUGUUCCAACGCUUAUGGUGGCAGUUACUACGAUGUGUCACCGCCACUUUCUGUCGUUCUUGGGUACAUUAUGUGUUUCUGGGGAGUGGCAUCCUUGGGAAUGUUGAACCAUUAUCUUCCGGAUGCUGGUGGGGAGCUCUUCAAGAAGUUCUCUGCUCUGACUUUCUUGAUGUCGAUUGGAAUGAUUUUUGCUGCGCCAUCGUUGCCCGAUUGGGUGCACGACGUUCUGACCACGGUAUCAGCUGGAAAAUCUCCGCAGCUGCUGUUGGAAAAGUCUUUCAACAAAGCUUUCAACAAUCCAUACGCCACUUUAUCAAGCAUCGGAGUGGAACUCAUUCGCGGCAAGAAGAGUCGAUCGGGUGGCUGGGGGCUAGUAGCCGCCAUCUUUGCUACGCUUUUGGCAAUCACUGGACCAUUGGAACUUCGGGAAAAGAAACAUGCUACGGGACGAAAGGACGGGUUCUUUCUGUUCCGACUCAUGACAUUCAGCGUCAUGUUUGGCUGCGGAGUCUCCUGGUUCGUCGUGAUGCAGAACAUGAGCGAGGAGAAUUUCUUGGUUCUGGUGCUGUCAGCAGCUUCAUGCAUGGCGGUCUCCUUCUUUGGAACUGUAGCUACAGUGUUGGGGUACUUUUUGGAACUUGAAAGUUUUGAAGAGGCAAUGCAGGUGUCCUACGUUUGGGUAGUUUCAUUCCCUCUGUUCAUGGGCAUAUCGUCGGUCCCCCAGUUCGUGAUGAAAGGCAAGAUCCAUCCGUUCGGAUCUGGCGGUUGGUUAUCCACCUACCUGGGCAUCUAUGGCCUCUCUGCCAUUAUGUUUGCGUUGGCACUUCGGUCAAGAACAACAAAGAACAAAGACACCAGAGCGACAGGGAACAUCAGUUGUGUUUUUGCUUUUGUCUGUGCCAUUGCAGUUUUGUAUGGCAGGUUUGGUGUGGCCGGCCUCGAUGCUGAUUUUGACGUUGCUACUAUUCUCGGCAUCCCGGCCUCAAUUUUGGGAACGUUCAUGGUGUCACCCAUCUUGUUGCUGCUUGAAGGUGAAUCAUCGACGGAAGGGCGAGGUGCGCGACUAAAGCGAGUCGCAGGUGCUGCACCCAAGGGAGGAUCAAAGCUUUUCUCAUUCAUGAACAUCAAGAACUUGAACUCCUCGACCAAGUUUGUGCCGCCACUCAUGGGCAGUGUUAUGGUUUUUCUAUACGCGUCCUUGUACGUGAUUUGUCUGCGUGGCUCGGGCAUUCUUUUCUUUGAGACGAUUGCCAGCAACCACGAGGAAGUCUACAAGGCCGCAACCGCCGCCAAUGCUGCUUCUCCAAAGAGUCCAAUUGAUGACUUGGCUUCUUUGUACCAAAAGGCAAUGGCCAAAAACAAAGCAAUGUAUGCGUCCGCUAAACUGGCAGGGGCUGGUUUCUGGACGUCGAAUGACAUUUUUGGGCCCCUUUUGCAUCUUGGAGGUGUUGCAGCAUGUCUCCCCAGUCUCUACCUGUUGACUCGAUACUUGUGGUCCGGAGGCGGCGGCAGUACCAACACGAUUUCUGCUGCGAUGGUAACCCUGGCGCUGCCUUUGAAUGCGAUACCCAUAUUCCUGUGUUUUGGCAUUCCAAGUCUUCAGGCGGCUGCUUGGGUCGCUUUGAUUGGAGGCCUCUUCCAGUUGUUCAACAUGCGCUACCUUGACAAACAAUCCAAAAUGCGAAUAUAA